GGCAUCCUUCCUUUCUCAAUUUCCCUCCUGCUUCGAUUCGGGCAGGCAGCCGUGAUGUACGCCCGCCCCGGCCACGGAUGCUCCGGCGCCCCGUCUCUACCCGUGUUGCCGUCCGGCGCCUUGCCAUGCGGAAAGCCGGGGUGCUUUUGAACCAGAUGGAGUUUCUACUCAGAGGGCCACGAUGAAGCGUCUGCUGCCUCUUUGCUUGCUAUUCAGCAAACUCCUAGAUGCUGUGUUCGGUUACCUGACGGUCAGCAUCGAGCCGCUGCCACCGGUGGUAGUUGGAGAUGCCGUGACGUUGAAAUGUAACUUCAAGACAGACGGCAGGAUGCGGGAAAUAGUUUGGUACCGGGUAACAGAUGGUGGAACCAUCAAGCAGAAGAUUUUCACCUUCGAUGCCAUGUUCUCCACCAACCAGUCGCACAUGGAGAAUUACCGGAAGAGGGAAGACCUGGUGUAUCAGUCCACCGUGCGGCUCCCUGAAGUCCGGAUCUCAGACAACGGCCCCUAUGAGUGCCAUGUGGGAAUAUACGACAGAGCAACGCGUGAGAAGGUGGUGUUAGCCUCUGGGAACAUCUUUCUCAAUGUGAUGUCUCCUCCUAUAUCGAUCUCGGUCAUUGCUGCAGACACGCCGGCCCCUUUCAGCCGCUACCAGGCCCAGAACUUCACAUUGGUCUGCAUUGUCUCUGGCGGGAAGCCUGCCCCCAUGGUGUACUUUAAGAGGGACGGGGAGCUGAUUGAGGUCGUGCCCCUGACGGAGCCCCCGGUCAACGCUGCCGGCUUGCAAGAUGGCCGGGCAUCUCGGAACCUGUUCCACCGCGACCUGGAUGACACCAAGAUGCAGAAGUCGCUCUCCCUGCUGGACGUGGAGGACCGGGGCGGGAGGCCCUUCACGGAGAACCCCUUUAAGGCCCUCACCCCUGACAAGGGACUUUUGUUCAGCCCAGCCACGGAGGUCAUCCCAGAGACUGUGGUGAGCCGGGAGUUCCCACGGUGGAUCCAGAACCUGGAGCCCAUCUACUACUUCCACCACACCCACAUCCCCAUCAGCGACGGCACCGUGGAAGUGCGGGCCAUGCUCAUGUGGACGCUUAACCCUCAGAUAGACAAUGAUGCGCUCUUCAGUUGCGAGGUCAAGCACCCCGCCCUCUCUAUGCCCAUGCAGUCUGAAGUAACGCUAGUGGCUCCCAAAGGCCCCAAGAUCAUGAUGACCCCAACGAGAGCCCGGGUCGGAGACACAGUUCGGAUAUUGGUGCAGGGAUUUCAGAGCGAAGUCUUCCCCGAACCCAUGUUCACUUGGACCCGCGUUGGGAGCAGGCUCCUGGACGGCAGCACCGAACACGACGGGAAAGAGCUGGUCCUGGAACGAGUGCCGGCGGAGCUGAACGGCUCCAUGUACCGCUGCACAGCUCAGAACCCGCUGGGCUCCACGGACACCCACACCAGGCUGAUUGUGUUUGAAAACCCAAAUAUUCCAAGAGGAACAGAAGACUCAAAUGGUUCACCGACCACUCACAGCAACAUCAGACUUGCUCUGGCCAUCAUUUUAACAGUUACCUUGGAACUGACGUGAAACGCUUCACUUUGGACACCCUCCUUUUCUCCCCUUGAACGGCUCCAUCCUGCUCCCACUUCUCCGUCGUUGGG